AUGGGUGUCCAAGACGACGCCGCCGCCAUGAGAGUCGAUCCUGCACGAGCUGCCGUCCUGGCCGCCAACAUCCAGGCCGUGCAGGAGCGGAUAGCUGCAGCAGCCGCGGGCCGUCCCGUCCGGCUCGUCGCCGUCAGCAAACUCAAGCCGGCCAACGACAUCGUGGCCCUGCACGAGGGCCCGGCCAAACAGGUGCAUUUUGGCGAGAACUAUGCGCAGGAGCUGCGCGACAAGGCGGUACUGCUGCCACGUAGCAUCCAAUGGCACUUUAUCGGUGGCUUGCAGUCGGGCCACUGCAAGGGCCUCGCCCGCAUCCCCAAUUUGUGGUGCGUCUCCAGCAUCGACUCGGCCAAGAAGGCCAAGCUGCUGGAAGCCGCUCGAGCCGCCUUUGUCCGGGAGCAGCAGACAUUGUCAUCAUCGUCGUCAUCGUCUGUCCUGCCGCCCAUCCACGUGCACGUCCAGGUGAACACGUCCGGCGAGGAGAGCAAGUCGGGCUGUGCGCCCGGCGACGACACCGUGGCGCUGUGCCGCACCAUCGUCGACGAGUGCCCGCACCUGCGGCUGCUCGGCCUCAUGACGAUCGGCGCCAUCGCGCGCAGUCGAGCCACCGACGCGGACGCGGCCGCUGCCGGCAUCGAGAACCCCGACUUUGUCGCGCUCCGGGAACAGCGCGACCUCGUGCAGGCGGCCCUGCCAAUGUCCACGUCCACGACGGACCAGCCAGCGGCCGGACCGCUCGAGCUCAGCAUGGGCAUGAGCGACGACUUUGUCGGCGCCAUCACGUCCGGCAGCGGCGAAGUUCGUGUCGGCAGCACCAUCUUCGGACUGCGGCCGCCCAAGGCAGAGGCAAAGCUGACAGUGUAG